CAUGAGUUACCUCGUAUUUAAAAGCAUCCAAUAGUCACCUAUGUGCAGCAUAAUAUUUAUGUGUGAUGCAAUUAAUGGAUUGGAUAACGGUUACUUUAGGGCCUCUUUGUUCGUAGAAGAUAAAGAAAGGAAAGAUGGAUAUAUCCAUAUUCCAUAAUCCAAUAUUGUAAUUGACAUGAAAGACUGAAUGAUUAAAGAAUUAGUGAUGAUAUUUGAAAGCUUUUAACUUUGCAUUGCUGGUUUAGUGAUGUAAAGUUAUUGCCACCAAAAUUUCAUCAGUUUCUGAAAUAUAUAGGAGUUUUUUUUUUUUUUUCCACCUCUUGAUCACAUCACUGUUUAUGCUCAUUGUAUCUUUCCUGGUAGCUGGUAGAGCUGUCAUGGCACAGUUUAUAAUCUUUUUACUUCUCUGCAUCCAGGAUACAGCAUAUUACUUUGCCCCAUUCAGAUAUACCAAAAUGUGCGCUAGAAGACUCCCACUGCAAAGCUGGAGACAUCAAGUAAAAUCUUAGGAUGAAGGUUCUAGAGAAGAUGGUUUCCAAUAGGAAUAGCUAUGUUGCUUCUAGAAAGUAAAAAGUGAGAGCAAGCAUGCAAUAAGACACCAUUAAAAGAGAAAGUAAAUAUUUUAAAUGACCUUAAGAUAAUUUCUAAAAUAAUACCAAAAUACAGAGGACUAAAUAACUUGAAAAAUUAUGUUAUGCUAAUUGCUAAGAGUCCUUCCUAAAAGUUAUUGCAAUGUAAUUUUUGUGCAGCGACAAUUUAAACUACCUGGGAAAGAGAAGAAAGUGGAGAAUGCAGCAGCCCAUUUAAUAAGCCAUGCCUUUUUCUAGAACAGCAGUGAUCCAGAGCCUGUGUUGGCUCGUCUUGGAUUUUUGGAUAAAGCUUAUGGUGUUGGCUUUGGGCAUGUUGGUUGUAGCUGUGUUGGUCUGGUUUUGGCUUUGAAAUUUCAGAAUCCUAAAAUAACCUGUGACCUGCUAUGUGACUACUUCUCUUCCCAUAUGGAUAAUUACCUCUCUGUCAACUGAGAGUGCUUCCACUGGAGGGUAGCAGAGAGCUGCUGGUAGGAAAUUCUAUAUGAAAGGCCAUCAACUUCUGAAUUCACACUGGCCCAAAAAACUUUCUAGUACCAUCUCUGAGUUUCCCUGAAAAGUACAUCUGAGGCAUUUGGGGAGAGGAGUAUAUAUUCAAGGAGUGCUAUUUGGUUGAGGUCUCUGGUUUCUAAUCUGAUGCUUUUUAUUUCUUGUUUCUAUAUCUGCUUUUAAAUAUGUCAAAGAUAACUAAAAGCCGUCCACUCAGUGCCUAAACAAUAGUUGAGGGUAGUUGGUGAUAAUGUCUCUGUGCCAAUGUCAAUUUUCUGUUCUUUAAGAGACACUACCCGAAAUGGGAACUGCCUAAUCGCAAUUUUGUCAAAUGUACAAAAUAUUUUUUUUCUUUAAAAAAACAGGGACAGUAUUUUUCUGUAUUUUAUGCAAUUAGCACUCUUCCGUAAAUUCCUUUACAGUAACGUUGUUGAUAUGUGAUUUAAAAAUCAAAAUGGAUGCAUCUAAAGUUGAUUUAUCUUAAGUUUAUAAACUUCUCAAAGUUUUGCAGUGAAAAUACAAUAUAUUCUUGUCAUGAAUGUAUCAUAAAUAAGCUGGGUUUUUAUACUUUUAUGCAACUUAGAACAAAGGUAUUUAAUCAAAUCCUGGCUACGUUAAAGACAAUUAAUUGUUUUCAUUAGGCUCAGAGUUAACCCAAUAUUUAAACCAAUGAAUUAUUAAUCAGUAAGUACAGAAUGCUAGUAAAUAUAGCAAUUUGUAGUGUGUACUGGUGUGGUUCAAUCCUGAUGUAAAUGAAGACACUAAUAAACUCAAAGACUUAAGGACAGAAGGCCUGGAGGAAAGGAGAUCACAGAAAUAUGGUAAAUCAUGUUUUAGAUUAGCAACAUAUGUCUUAAAUAAAAGGUACGAGUAUAUCUUUUAUGAUUAAAUUAGAGUAGUGAAGUUUUAGGGUUAGGCUAACCCUAAAACUAGAUGGUAUCUUUCCUUUGUUCGUAUUCAUCAAAGGCUAAUAUAAAUAUAAUAUUCUCAAGCUGAUUAACCCGCUUCCCCCAAGUUACAGGUCUCUAAACUAUCAAAUUCCAGGCCCCUUUUUGUUAUGUAUGAGAACUCUUAAGACUCUUUUUCCUAAAAACAAAUGACAAACUUUUGUGGAAGUUCUUUUGUGGCAAAAUCAUGAGGAUUUAAAAGAAAGUGUUGUUUAGGGAUUCACUUUGAAUUAAUUAAUAUAUAUUAUACAUUAUUUAUACUUUGAAACUUUUCACUGUAAUAACUACAGAAAGGACAGCAGUUUUAAUUAGAACAAGCUUCAAAAUAUGCGGUGAUCACUGUUUGGGGCGGGAGGAGGGAAUCUCUCAACACGUCAUGACAAGGCAGAAUUUCUUUGUAUGUCACUAUCAACAAAUGUUAUAAAGGCUUCAUUCAGUCCAAGCAGUAGUAAGACUUGCAGGUCUAGUGUAAGUAAUACAGACUGCUGAGGAGUUAACAAUGCACUACUAAUGAGAGAGAAGGAGCCAAAAACGUUUUUAUAUCUGACACUUGGAAAGCUCCAGAAAUUGUAUCCAGCUACAAAGUUUAAUAUUUUUUCUUCUUUUUUUCCCAAAACAUUAUUUUCAAUGCAUCUAACUGAAAUCUGAAUUCAUAAAAGGCUUAAACUCACUGCAGACACACACAGGUCUAAGAUGCCAUCAUAAUUAAGACCAUCAAUUUGGAUAAAUUUCAUCCUAAGAAGCUAUAUUGAAAUGAACAUUGUGGGAAAACUUAAUUUAAUGAUACCUUGGAGCAUAUUCUUGGUUCAUUCACUGCUGUUCUCUCUGCAAGGGUCUUAUUGCAAGUCCUCUCUUUUGAAAAGAACACCGAGAAAUGAGUUUAAUGCAACACGACAGAAAAGAGAUCUCUUAGCAGCAGAGACUGAAACAGUUUCCCCUCAAUCUCGACUUCAUGGGUCAUUUAUUCAGAGUCCAAGCCCAUCAGGAGGUACAUGUCCUCAAGAGUGCCUUAAUGGAGCAACCUGUACAGAGGCAGGUGCAUGUGACUGUCAGACAUUUCAGGCUCAAGGGAAAAGGUGCCAAAUUGUACCUAAUGCUGGUAAGGACCGAAAUGGAAUUUGCAAAUCCUGGGGACAGUAUAACUUUGAAACAUUUGAUGGCAUCUAUUAUUACUUCCCAGGAAAUUGUUCCUAUAUUUUUGCAAAAGACUGCAGUGCACCAGAACCUCAUUACACUGUAUGGGUUCAUAAUAGCCCUCAGUGUGAUGGCUCAGUAUAUUCUUGUCUGAGGUCAAUCAGCUUAUUUUUUUCAAACCAAGAAGAAAUAGUCAUUUUGGGACAUGAAGUAAGAAAAGAAGGAAUUAGAUUAACUUUACCUCAGACAAUUGGAAAUGUCUUCUUUGAGAGGUUGGCUGACUACAUUCUGGUGAAAACUACCUUUGGUUUUUCUCUGGCUUGGGAUGGAAGCUCUGGUAUUUAUAUGAAACUAACAGAAGAACAUAAAGGGAAACCAUGUGGUCUGUGUGGAAAUUUUAAUGGCAAUAAAUCUGAUGACCUUAUAAUACAAAAUAUAGGUCACUAUACAGAAGACAUUGCUGUAUUUGCAAAUAGCUGGUCUGUGCAAACCCUGGAGGAUGCAACUUGUGUACCUACUGCCUCAGAUUUUUCUAGUCCAUGCUCAGCUGACACAGAGUUUUCUGAGGCCAUAUUCUUCAAGUGCCAAGUGCUCCUACAAUUUCCUUUUCUCAGCUGUCAUGAAAGCAUAGAUCCUUAUUCUUAUAUUUCUAGCUGUAUGAAUGACCUUUGCAGAAUGGAUGAUGAUGAAACUUAUUGCCGAGCAGUGACAGAGUAUGCUAGAGCAUGCUCACAUGCAGGAUACCCUGUACGAGACUGGAGGGAUGAUUUUCCUGCCUGUACUGAAAAGUGUGAAGACAGUUUUGUGCAUCGGGAUUGCAUUAGUUGUUGCCCGCCAACCUGCACAUUUGAAAAGGAUUGUCUUGGUAGCAACCUCCAUUGCUUAGAUGGCUGUUAUUGUCCAGAUGGGCUCAUUAUGGAAAACGGAACUUGUAUCUCUGUAUCAAAUUGUCCUUGUAUUUAUCAUGGGGUGGCCUUCCCUGUAGGCUCAAAAAUCCAACAAGAAUGCAGUAACUGUAUUUGUAUUGGUGGUAUUUGGAACUGCACUGAACAUGACUGCCCAGCUGAGUGCUCCAUUGUAGGUAACUCCCAUUUCACAACAUUUGAUGGUCGUUAUUUUACUUUUCUUGGGAUUUGCCAAUAUGUUCUGGUAAAAGGCACUGGGAAAGACAAAUUUACAGUCAUUUUACGGAAUGCUCCAUGUGGACAGAAACUUGACCACGCAUGCAUCCAGUCUAUCAUGUUAAUUCUUGAAGAUGAUAUGAAUAAACAAGUUACUGUUACCAGGAACGGUGAUGUCCAAAUGGGCCCUAACCAGGGUCUUAACAUUAAUGGGGAUAUUGAAAUUCGAAACUUGUCAUCUUUAUUUGUGCAGCUGAAAACUAGAUUUGGCUUAAAGAUUUUGUUUGCUAAGGAUGGAGAGAGACUAUACAUUCAAGUUGAUAGCAGCUGGAAGAGAAGAACAUUAGGACUUUGUGGAACUUUUAAUGGAAACUUAAGAGAUGACUUUCUUUCUCCAGCAGGGAUGGUUGAAGGAACCCCACAACUUCAUGCCAAUGCCUGGAAAGUUUCCUCAUCCUGUUUUGUGCCUGUCAACAUCCCUGUGGUUGAUCCUUGUAAUAUUAAUCAACAAAAUGUUGGGUAUGCUUCCCUUUGUGAUAUCGUCCAUCAAGAACUUUUUGCUCCAUGUCAUGCCUAUGUAAGCCCAGGAUUAUACUACCAGCUGUGCCGUUUUGAUGCGUGUAAAUGUGGAAGCAGCUGUUUGUGUAACGCACUUGCACAUUAUGCCUAUAUCUGUGGCAAACAUGGAAUUACUGUUGAUUUCCGAACUCAUAUUUCAUACUGUGCUGUAGUAUGUCACAGUGGCAUGGUGUAUCACCAUUGUUCCUCUACCUGUGAACGCUCCUGUGCUUCCCUUUCUACCCUGAAUGUCUGUGGACCUGAUUGUGCUGAAGGAUGUAAUUGUCCUGAUGGGAAAUACUUUGAAGAGUCAUUCAAGUUCUGUGUUCCACUAUCUAGCUGCCGUUGUUAUUACAAAGGCAGAACCUUCCAGUCUGGAGAAAUCCUGCCUGUACUGUCAGGUUCCUGCCAGUGUUUGAAUGGAACAAUGAAAUGCACAGAAACUGCUACAUCAUCUGCAGUUCGUGUGUGCCCUGAAGGAAAAACCUACUAUGACUGCAGAUAUCAAGUGCCUGGUUUACCUGCAGCUGGUGUGAACUGUGAGAUCUCCUGUGCAAAUCUUGUUAUGAACUUCAGCUGUGUUCCUCCCCCACCAUGUGCAAGUGGUUGCAUUUGUCCCCCAGGCAUGGCAGAACAUAAGGGGAAAUGUUAUGUUCCUGAUAGUUGUCCAUGUACCUGGAAAGACAGGGAAUAUCUGUCAGGAGAAGUGAUAGCUACACCUUGCUAUACAUGUAUUUGUCGGCGAGGGAUAUUCAGUUGUACUAGUUACCCUUGUCCUGCUGUGUGUACAGUUUAUGGAGAUCGACAUUAUUAUACUUUUGAUGGAUUGGAAUAUGAUUAUGUUAGUGACUGCCAAGCUUAUUUGGUAAAGAGUACAGACAACUCAAACAUAUCUAUAAUCGCUGAGAACAGGAAGUGCUUUGACAAUGACAUUGUUUGCUCAAAAAGCAUUUUGAUCUCUGUUGGAGACAUGGAGAUUUAUUUUAGUGAAACUUCUGACAAGCAGAAGAAAUCAAAGGGACAGGAAAACAGAUCUACGUAUCAGCUCUGGAAGGCUGGAUAUUAUACAGUAAUACACUUCCCUGAGCAAGAAAUCACAAUCCUAUGGGAUAAGAAGACAACUAUACAUGUCAAAGUUGGACCUCGAUGGAAGGGUAAAUUGGCAGGUUUGUGUGGAAAUUUUGACAAGUACACUUCAAAUGAUCUGACAACAUCUAACAACAUGGAAGUGAGAAAUGCUCAGGUUUUUGGAGAAAGCUGGACAAUAGGACAGUGCAAAACCCCAAAUGAAACUAUUAAACCAUGUGAAGUGCAUCAAAGCAAAUUCCCUUAUGCCAAAAAGGAAUGCUCGGUUUUGUACAGUGAUGUGUUUGCGCCUUGUCGUAAUGUGAUUGAUGUGACUUCAUUUGUCAAAAACUGCCAUACAGACACAUGUAACUGUAAUCUUGGUGGAGACUGUGAGUGUUUAUGCACAAGCAUCGCAGCUUACUCUCACAAAUGCUGUGAGCAGGGUGUAGUAAUUCAUUGGAGAUCUCCUUCUCUCUGUCCUUAUGAUUGUGAAUAUUACAACCAAGGGCUUGGAGAGGGACCAUAUAUUUUGGCAAGCUAUGGACAGAAUGAUACUAUCAUAGGAGCCAACCUUACUAACAGAAAGAUAUUUCCUCUGCCUAAAAUCAGUACCUAUGGAAAGGUGUUCAUUAAUUUUAUGAUAACACCAGGCCUUUUCAAGGACAAAGAUUUAUCUCCAUCUCUUGUUUCCCUCGAGUCUGCUGAAAGGCCAAACUAUUUCCUGUGUGUCCAUGACAAUGCAACUAUUUAUUUAGAACAGUGGCAGGCAAGUUCAUCAUUUCGGAGAAGAGCCACAUUCUUUCACCACCAGGGCCUCUGGAUUCCAGGAUACAGUGCGUUUGAACUGCACAGCAAAAAAGGCUUUUUCAUUAUACUCACAGCGUCUGGUGUUAAAGUGUCAAAAUAUAAUGACUCCGAAGAAUUCAAACGUUCAAGUAGCUUUAGCAUUGAAGAGCUCCAUGCAUCAGUGCCUUAUAGGAGAAUGUGUGAAUGGAGAUAUGAACCUUGUGCUAGUCCAUGUGUUAGUACAUGUAGUGACCCUGAAGGAGUAACAUGUAAAUUUCUUCCACCGGUUGAAGGGUGCUUACCAUAUUGUCCUAAGAAUAUGAUCCUUGAUGAGGUGACACUUAAAUGUGUUUAUCCUGAGGACUGCAUACCUGUGAUGCCUACUGAGUCAGCAGCUGGAACAAAAGCACAGAGAACAAAGCCUUUAUCUUCAACAGGUAUUCCAGCAAUUCUUGAAACAUCUGCAGUCACAUUAAAAGCAAUAUCCCAUAGUGAAAGUCCUACAGCUUUCAUAACCUCACCCAUUACAACUGUGUCAGCUCCAACAAAACCGGCUUUUACUAUGGUAACUGCAAGUCCUGUCCCUAGACAGUCUACGGUACUAAUGCCCACUUCCUUAGGGGUAACACCAUUUUCACUUGAAAUGCAAGCUACACUGCUAGGAACUGUGUCCUCUCGUACAACAUUAGCAACUUUACCUUCUGGACCAGCCUUUUUCACUACUGAAGUACCCACAAGGAUAUGGAGAACUAGAAGUCCUUCUGCAAGUCAUUCUCAGAUGUCAGCAUUAUCACCCACGGUAUCUCCAUCCACUUCUUUAACUGAAAAAGCAUCUUUUCCAAUUCUCACAUUUUUUACAAGCCCACAGUUAACAUUAACCACAUCUACUUCACCAGUAUCUACUAUGUCUGUAAGAACUGAUGCUAGCAUUGAUCAUAUUAUAGUUCCAACCUCCAUUUCUGCACAGACUUCAACUUCUCAAGCUCCCAUGGCUACUUCUAGAUUUACUAGUCUCUCUCAGAUAAUCACAACUCCGUACUUAGUAGCAACUCAAGCCACCUCCCAAACUUCUUCAACUUCAUUAAGAACUAGUUCUUUAACUAAAGUGUCUCCAGUGCCUACAUUUUUAUCUUCAGUGAGCAUUUCAAUAACUGCUCCUAAACACAUUGCUCCAUUAAGUACAAGCAAUAUUUCUGAUGAUCUAUCUGUAAUGAGUUCAACCUCAUCUUCAGUUGCUUCUCAAAUGCCUACAACCACAAGAACUUUGAGUCCUCUUGUAACACACAUGUCUACAUUAGUGUCUCCUUCAAUUACACCCCCCAAACCCAAAGCAAUGGGAGAAGUCACGGUUGUCUCAGAGAGUCUUUAUAAAGGACCUACUACUAUUUCAGUCACUCCACAAAUCUCUGAAGUAUCUAUAACAAGUACAGGUUCAACAGAAAGUAAACAUCCACUACAUAAAGACUUAUUUCCAGUGUCAGCUAUUUCUAAAAGACCAACAGAGUCUGUUAGUUCUACAGUCUUCCCAUUAGCCACAUCACUAUUACCUAUCAAUGUCACUUCAGUUACUCAUCACGUGGCAAAAACCACAUCAAGAAUAACAGAACAUUCAAGUCUAUAUACAGAAUUAAAAACAGCGCCUCUGGUACAAAGUACAAAUACUUCUCUAACUCCCAGAGAACCUUCAGGAGCUGCUCUUUCUUUUACUAGUCCAUCCAUGUUACUUACAACGUUGUUAUCCACAUCAAGACCACCUAGUUCAGAAAUCCCUGCCAUCACAUCCUUUACUAUCAGUUCUUCAGUGUCUCCCACAGUAAAUAGAACAUCUGCUUUAAUAUCCCAUGCAGCUGUUACCCAAGCACCAGUUUUAUCCUUGCAAACACAAGAAAUCCCAAGAAGUCCAGGUACAGAACUCUCAACUUCCCCUUUGUUAACAAAUGUUUCCUCAAGCCCUUCAGCAGCACCUAAAACUGCCAUUGCAGAACCACAUUUAUUAACUCCUACAACUCCUGAAGUCACCUUGGAAAGCCAUUCUAGUAGACUCACUAUUACAUCUUCAGCUCCUUCUGAGACCUUCCAUAUAUCUGCUAUAUCUCUAGGAACAAAAAGCUCAUCAGUGAGUCCUUCAGUGGAACACAAAACAAUAUCUUUUGUACCAGCUGGAAUCGUCACUCAGUCCACGAUCCCAUCAACAGAGCUGACCACAAGUACAACUGUAAAUACUACGUUUAAAUAUGCAACCUCCACUGAGAGGGUUGCAGAUGACAUAGAAAGUAGCCAGAUGCCCCAUGUGCAAAAAAAUGUAACUAAAACAAUAUCCAGAACUACUGAGAAACCUUCACUCCUGUACUUGACUUCUUCAGUUAAGACUAUUACUUUUUCAAGAAAAAGCAGCACAAUUUCAGGAGAUUCUGCUUCUCCUUCUGAACUCCCAGAAGUCUCACAGUCAGAUUGGUCCACAAUUCUACCCCAAAGAACAAUUAAGCCUUACUCUAAUUUAACAGGACCAGAACAAACAGGCCCCAGCGAGUCACAAAACUUCACCAUACCAGGUUCCUCUCACUCCAGUUAUGCAAUGGCCCUGUCUUCUACUGCAGAGCCUGGGAAAACACAGACUUCUGUGACAGACACAGAAAUGAUGACAGUUACAGCUGACUCUCCUUCAUUUGGCACAAUGGUGCAUACACUGAUGCCAUCAUCAUCGUCAUCUUCUGAAUGCAUGCCACGAUAUAUCGAGCCCAUAGACAAAUGUAGCCAGUAUGUGUGUGUUAAUAUGGGAUGGAUGUUAUAUAACCUUUCAAGGAACUGCCCUAAGAAUGUGGAAAAGCCUGAUUGUGGUUUUCGAGGAAUGCCAGUUCAAGUUAACAGUGAUAGUUGUUGCCCAGAAUGGGAAUGUCCCUGUCAAUGUUCUGUACUAUCUGAAUUGAGCAUUAUUACGUUUGAUGGAAAUAACAUAGCCCUCUAUAAUGCGGCUUCGUACAUUUUAGUCAAGCUCCCAGGAGAAAUUAUUGUUGCUCAUGUUGAAAAAUGUCCCACUAAUCAGAGUGCAAAUUCAAUAAGAAAACUAGUACCACCUGGAGGCACUUCAGGGCUUUGUUUUAAGAAAUUAAAUGUAACAACACUUACAUAUAAAGUACUUAUCGACCGUUUAGCAAGAAAGGUAGUGGUGGACUCUGUAAUUCAGCCUUUACCUUUCUCCAAACAUGGAUUCUGCAUUCAGGACACUGGUGCAAUGUAUGUCAUUAAUACCCCGGCUGGCAUUAGCAUUAAGUGGGCUCACAUUACAGGCAUUAUAGAUAUACAGUAUGGAUUACAUUCUAACACUUCUACCAAGACAGAAGGACUUUGUGGCGUGUGCAAUGGAGAUCCUUUUGAUGACCUCAAGAUGCAAAAUAGAACUAUAAUUACACACAUCGAGGAAAUUGAAGCAUUUAUUAGGAGCUGGGAAAUUGAGAAAUCAGUUGAUGUAACGACCAGGAGGCCAGUAAGAAACUGUACUGAAGAUAACUGCACUUACUGUAUGGAACUGCUAAACAGAAAGGUUUUCAUUCCGUGUCACAAAAAAGUUUCACCACAGGACUUCUGCGGAAAGAUGUGGAUUAACAAUACUUACUUUUGGAACUAUGAAUGUGAUGCACUUUCUGCUUAUGUGGCUUUGUGCAACAAACAUAAUAUCUGUAUUAAAUGGAGGACACCAGAUUACUGUUCCUUGAAUUGUCCCAAUGGCAAGGAAUACCAGCCUUGUGUGCAACCCUGUGAAGCCAAAACAUGCUUGAAUAAAUGGUUCCAUGAAGAAUCUCUUUGCUCCUAUUUAAGAGAAGAUUGUGUCUGUAAAAAUGGGACCAUUCUUCAUAGAACAGACUCAGAUCUCUGUAUACCAGAAGAAAAAUGUACAUGUACAGAUAAUGAGGGACAGCCCCGUUCUGCUGGAGAGUUUUGGAAGGGAUCCAUUAAAACGUGUUGUAUGUACAGCUGCUUGGAGAAUGGAAGUGUUAUUGCUGUAGAACCUGAAUGCGGUGAAGACUCACCACCUGUUUGUGAGCGAGAGGGUGAAGUUAUCAUUAAUGUCAUUGAAGAGGGGGCCUGCUGUCCAAAGCAAGUUUGUGAAUGCAACAUGACUUUAUGUGAGGCUCUUAUUCCAAUCUGCAGAAGUGGUGAAAAAUUAGUAAUAGGCUAUAACCCCCUUUCUUGCUGUCCACAAUACCGAUGUGAAUGUGAUCUUUCAGCCUGUCCUAACACUUCCCGUCCAGACUGCAGAGAGGACCAAUUUGUUGUUGAAGCAAAACAGGAAGACCCUUGUUGUUUCCUAUAUCUCUGUGUUUGUGAAUCUUGUGUUGAGCCAAUUCCAUUAUGUAAUGAGGGAGAAAUUCUCACAGUAGAUCUAAGCACCACUCAUUAUUGUUGUCCUCACUAUCAUUGUGUUUGUGAUGAGAACCUUUGUUCAAUGCCUCUUCUGAAUUGCACAGAUGACAUGAAACUUGUGAAAGAACAUAUACCUGGGCAGUGUUGUCCUGAGUGGCACUGUGAAUGUAGCUGUGAAAACAUUACCAAACCAACUUGUAAACUGGGAGAACUUCCAAACAUAGAUAGUAAUAUUUAUACGACUUGUGGAUGCAUGCACUACACCUGUGAAAAAGAGGAUGUAUGUGUGUUUCAAGAAGUAACUUUGUUAAAUCCUGGGCAAUUUAUGAUUCAGUAUUUGGAUGGAGAUCUUUGUUACACAGUACAGUGUUUACAAGAAAAAGAUCAUAACACAGGAUAUCAUGCUAUGGAUUUUACAGUGGUGAACUGUUCUCAGCAAUGUGAGGCUCAUCAAAUAUACAUCCCUUCUUCCAGUCAUCAUAGUUGUUGUGGCACUUGCCGAAAUGUGUCAUGUCCUUUUUAUUCUGAGAAUGGAACACUAGCUAUAUAUGAAGAGGGGAGCACCUGGAACUCCAACUGUACUAAAUACGAGUGUGCAAAGACGGAUGCAGGUGCAGUGAUACUGGGAUCUAGUGUUGCCUGUCCUCCCUUUAAUGAGACUGAAUGUACAAAGAAUGGAGGCACUGUACAGACUUAUAAUGAUGGCUGCUGCAAGACCUGCAAAAAAGAGGAAAGAAUUUGCCAGAAAGUGACGGUGAGAACAACUAUAAGAAAAAAUGACUGUAUAAGUCAAACCCCAAUAAAUGUGGCUUCUUGUGAUGGGAAAUGUCCCUCUGCAACAAUUUUUAAUGUCAAUAUUGAUAGCCAUUUAAGAUUCUGUAAGUGUUGUCGUGAAAAUGGAGUACGGAAUCUGACUGUGCCACUUUACUGCUCAGGAAAUGGCACUGAAAUUAUAUACGUCAUACAAGAGCCUACAGACUGUUCAUGCCACUGGAACUGAUCAUUUCCACAUAUGUGUAUUAUCAUAUUGAAUUGAAGUUGGUUUCCUGCCACUGCAAAAAAUGUUCUAGCCAAGUGUUUCAGCCAACAUGAUUUCUUAGCAAAUUUAGUAGAAAUUGUAUAGUUAUAAUGGCAAGAACAUUUUCAUAUAUUGGCAAAUGGACGCAUUUCUUCUUCAUCUCAAGGUACUAAGGUGUCAGUUAUUUACUUCAGUAACUUCAAAAGGAAAAUGAUUAAAUUGCUUUAAAAAGAGAAAAAAAAAAGAUUGGUUGUGUUGGAUCAUCUUUACCUUGCUCAGAAGUUAAUUUUUGUGAAAAAAAAAAUUCCUUUUAUCUUGGUGGUAGUUCCCUUAGGAAUUA